ACGGGUAAGUAGAAGGGACGAUAUGUUUGCUGGAAAUACAGAAAUCGGGCUGAAAAGAAUUGGAACAUCGGUAACAGUUCCUGCAGAUCCACGGGCUAGGUUGAUGUACUAUUUAAGGUGUAUUUGUCAGGUUCUCAGUUUGGAUGACGAAAACUUGGACCGACUCACUGAUUUCACUUACUACUAUACCUUGACAACAAAUGAACUAGAUGCACUGCUCGUUUUGUGCAUUUUAAUAAGCCCGGAUAAUUUGGUCGGAAAAUGCAUUUUCGAGGAUGAUGAACUAUGUGGGGACUUGGUGACUCAGUUUUAUGAGUUGAGUGCUGUACAAAACCGAUUUUUGGUGACAGAUACCGUGUUACUUGGGAGUCAGCAAAGACAUAUAAAGAAAAUCAUGACUUUUAAGAAAACAUUUCUGCAAAAUUAUUAUAUUAUUCCCAUUGCGACUUUCGCUGACAGAUUGCGAGUUAUCGCUGGUAUAGAUAACCAACCACGUGCCUCAUACCACACGACUGCAAUAAUCACACAGCCGCAACAUCUGACGGAGCCUCCAAGUCAGAAGUGUUACGAGAGGGCUUGUUUGCACUUGUGCAUAACAUGCAUUUUUCCGUUAUGGAUUGUUGUUUGGUGUUGUUUGUGUGCCUGGGAGGUCUAAGAAGGAUCAGGAUAUGCGAUCAGAGAUAGUAAAAAGAAUAGUUUUUUUCGUUUGUUAUUAGUUACUUUUGGUAUUUAGAACAUGUACAUACAUGUAUAUGCAGUUUUUAAUAAAACAUAAUAACUAUUUA